CUCUUCUCGUUCUGUGUUUGUUAUUCGAGUUUCGGGUUACAUCUCGUUAGCCAUCAUGGAUUAUGAAGAUACCAGAGCCCGUAUAGUGCAGGCCCGCGAGUCCGGCGAAUUCACCGAUUUUACAUUGGCAUGCGACGGCCGUGAUAUCAAGGUUCACAAGAUUAUUAUUUGCAGCCAAUCUCCAGUCUUCCGUGCAGCAUGCGCUGGUCAGUUCAAGGAAGCAUUCUCUGGUACAUAUGAUUUGACAUCACAUCAGCCUGAUAUGAUACAGCUCAUGGUCGACUACCUGUAUACGGGCGACUAUUCUAUCGACAUGAACGAAACCGACGAAACCAACACUGCAUCAAAUUCCGGGGCGCUCUCGACUCAUGCAAUAAUGUAUGCUCUGGGGGACGAGUACGACAUCAAAGGGCUCAGAGACCUAUCAGCUCGAAAAUACUCCUGGUCCUUAGACGAAAGCCUAGAACUCGAUGACUUCAUCCUGUCAAUCCCUCAUGUCUAUACCUUAACACCCGAAAGCUCAAGAGGUCUCCGGGAUCCAGCAUUGGAGUAUGCAAGGAACAAAUUGCGAGCAGCGGGAGGACAAUCCGAUAUCCGAGAUGCCUUUGACGAGCUAGUCAUGGAGUGUCCCGAGUUCUUGAAGGAGCUCUUAUACUACUGCGUUCAGGCUCCAUUCUUUGGGUACUGCCCCUGCACUGGUCCACGGAAUAAAGUGCCAGUUGAAGCUGAAGGAUAUCGUUGCAAAGGAUGCGGGAAAGAAGGUGCAAGUCUUAGCAGGCCUGUCUAGCUAAUGCAGGUGAAAGAUUAAAUAUAGCACUACUUGCAGUAAAGACUAUUAAUUAAAGCUAGAGGUCGCCAAGGAUAACUCAAAGU